AUGAAGCCCGUCGUGAGCGCGAUGCAAGCAUGGUCUUGCUUCGUGAUCUCAGUAUUCGCGAUCGUCAUUCUCUCCGUCCUCGGCGUCCUCUUCCGCGGAAACCACCCUGAGCUUGUUGGAGGCGAGGAGGAUCCCGCGGACGGGCCGGCGGUGGCUGCCACAGUCUUCACGGCUGUCAUCAUAUACGCUGUGUUCCUCGUCUUCUGCGGCCUGCAAGGCCUGCUACACAUGCGCGAAAACCGGAGAGGCGCCAUCGCACUAUAG